ACGUGCUUUCGUUCUUUUACCUGCUGCCAUGCGUGGAGAUAGACUUUGUAUCAAGCAGAUUGAGAAGAAUAUGAAAGCUCAUUUAUGAGGAGAACUGGAUAUGCAAGGAAUAAAGAGACUGAACUAAAUAUGGAAGGAAUUGAAUUCUUGUUUAAAUAAGGAAUUAAGUUUAGUAGAUUUUGUGGCUAACUGAGAAAAAGGUUUGAACAGGAUAUGGGAGCAAUUUGGUAAUCAUGUAACAGAUUUCAGAAAAGAAUCAAACUGGAUAAGGGAACAAUUUGGUAUUAGUGUCACAGAAUUCAGAAAAGGGUUCGACUGGAUAUGUGAGAUGAACUGGUCAAUUCAUGAACUGAGAAAUGUAAAAGGAAUCAAACUGGAUAUGUGAGCAAUUUGGUAAUGUCGCAGAAUUUAGGAAAGGAGAUGUCGCAAGAAGUCUGGAAGUUGUUCUAUCCACAGAGCUCAUGGAGCCUGCCCUCUGGCCUACUCAUUGGAGUAGUUAAUUACGAACAGUCAUCAGUAACCGUGACAACAGUUGUGAACCAGGAAAUCUCACUGAAGCAACCCUUGCAAGGUAUUCAUGAUUUAAAUGCACAUUUGUAUAAAAUUUCAAAUGGACCCAGUGAUCAUGAAAACAGUUCCACAAAGAGGAAAUUAAAAGUUGUAGGACUGUUGGUGAAGGAAGAUGAAGACAUUGCCUGUCACACAGAAGUUAUAAAGAGUUUGGUGUGGGAAGAUGAGUUAUUUUUGCUUGUGCAAAAGACUAGAAAUAGUGUACUGCCAGAAUGUGUAAUUUUCAAAAUAUUUCGGUGCAAUACCUGGUCAACAGUUCAGAAUUUGAUGUUAAUUGCAUUUGAUUCUUCCGUUGAAUAUCGGGCCAAGGUUUUACAUUCUGUAGAAACACCAAUGUCGCGGAGCUGUACGCAGAACGGCAAGGUCGUUGAUCACACAAUAGAUUCUUUAAGUAAUUGGAACUCGAUGAAAAGCGUAUUUGAUUUUAGACGAUUUGGACAAAUUGAAUCAAAGAAUAACGGCUUCUUUCAAGGCAGUUGUCAUUCUGUUGUGUUGCUUCUGCUAGGGAUAGUUACAUUUUUAAUGAACAUUUACGCCCGGAUGCUGAACACUGUAUUCUCAUCAAAAAUAUUUAAGUAUUGGAUUUUUGAUGCAGUAUUACAUUUGCCUGCUACAGGAUGCCAGCUGAAAGAGAAAUACAAUCAGUUACAAGAGUUUAUUAUAUUAGAUUCAGCGAGAGAUUAUAACAGGAAAAUGAACUUGCUGUUGAUGUUAGUGUUUGAUUUUGCUGUUGGUCUCAUUCUCAUCCUGAUUCUUCAUCAGACGGAUUUCUCCAACAUCUUAGCAACAGCAUUUAUGCAAUUUGCCAAUACCACCGCCAACUCACUUGAACAGCUUCUACGCUGGUUGAUGGGUGCUCCUGCUGGGUUAAAGCUGAACAGAGAGCUGGCUUCAUUCCUAGGCCACUUCUUUCUUUACCAUAUUUACCUUUGGGUUGGCUACCUAGGUGCAAUUGCUCCGUUCCUGGCCAUCGCAAUCAGGUUUACAAGCCUCUGUGGAUGCCUGGGCCUGAGUGUAGUGAUUGCUUUGUCUUCUGAUGUCUUGUCUAUUCUGACAUUCCACAUCUACUGUUUCUAUGUCUAUGCAGCAAGGAUCUACUGCCUACAAGUACAUGGUUUGAUGGCCUUCUGGCAUCUAUUUCGAGGCAAGAAAUGGAACGUUCUCCGUCAACGUGUGGAUUCCUGUGCCUUCCAUGUGGACCAGCUAUUCCUUGGAACCCUUCUCUUUACAAUCCUCCUGUUCCUUCUUCCAACAACAGCACUCUUCUACACUGUGUUCACUUUGUUACGACUUGCAGUUCUCAUUCCUCAGUCAUUUGUUGCGAAGAUGAUCACGGUUAUGAACCGGAUACCAUUUUAUUCACUACUUCUGUGGACUGUGAGGGCUGGCUUCAUGGUUGAAGGGAUUAGCUUUCACCCUUUGCCGACAGAACGCCAUCAGCAACACAGUUGGCUACUCUUGAAAAUGAAACCCAUGUCACUAAUGAAGGUGAUGACGGUUGCGUCGUUGAGUGACAACAUCACAAAUGAUAAAUCAACAUGGAGGACACUUGGGCGAGACCUGUUAAGCGGCUACUUAGUUUACCCAUGGGGUGGUAAGCAAGAGGAAUAACAUCAAGACAUAGACAAGUCUAAGCAGUGAUCCGCUCCCAUAUUAAAGCCCAAUUCCCGGCAAAAACUAGCUAAAAAAAGGAUUUUUUUUUUUUAGAGAAACGCAUAUCCAUUACUUUAUUACUUGAUAAACCAUGAAAAAAUAUUGGCAUAAAUUUUCAGUUUUACGCAAAAGGAUAAAAAAUGAGAAAUAGAGACUAUUUCUCAUAAGAGAUUGCCAUUUGCUCAACGACUUCUUCAUUACUAUGCAAAUUCAGAGGUUGUAGAUUGCAUCCGCUGGAAUGAUCACGCUUUUGUGUAUAUUUAUACAGUCGAGCAUCGGAGGUAGACAGGGUAAUUGUUUCUCAAAAGCGCUGCAUUAUCUUUUUUUUUCUCGCCCACCAAUGUCAUGAACUCUCAUAUUUUAAUUCAUCCCACAAUUAGAAAAAAAAAUUAAUCUGUUUUGCUAAACUGUUUACAUCGUCGAUACGAACUUGAGCGAUAAAGUGUGCCACCUCUAACAAGAUUAGUUUUUGUACUUCUCGCACACAGCUGUCAUCGAGUAGGCCUGAGAUAUGUUUGUCAAAAUCAGAAUCAUUUUUUUAACAUUUGAAAUACUUCCAAUGAAGCAGUUGAAAUAAAUAAAUGUUACAGAUAUGGGCUUUAUAUUGAAAA